GGGGGCGGCUACUGCGCUCGGAAAACAAAGAAACACACACUGUUAUCACCACUGUCUUCCCAAGGCUUCUGAAGUAGCGAUCAAAUCGAAAAAAUGGGGGAAGAAGAACAAAAUCCUCAGAAGAUGAAGAAGAUAGCGGCCGCCACCUAUGAUUUUGAUAACGACCCUAGAUGGGCUGAUUACUGGUCCAACGUUCUCAUGCCUCCUCACAUGGCGUCUCGCUCCGAUGUCAUCACCCACUACAAACGCAAAUUCUACCAGCGUUACAUUGACCCUGAUCUUGUAGUAGAACCAAUGACUACUCAAAGUACCGCAAAGUCAUCAGCACCAUCAUCAUCAUCAUCUACAAGCGAACAUAGGCCAUCUCAUAACUCAGGGUCGACUACAAGAGCAACAAGGGCAUCAACUCUGAAUUCAACUCCUUUGCGCUGGGAUCGACAAACAAUACAAUUUUCUGUCAAUGCUUGGGUCUUUGUUGUGGCUGUGCUCGCUAUGUUCCCGAUCAUACCUAAAAGUCUUUCUAAUAGGGCAUAUCGGCUGUCGUUUAUUGGCACUCUGUGUUCUUCGUUGUAUUCCCUUUACUCUUUAUAUGGGAAACCAAGGGCUUGGAAUUUGCAGGCGGUGCAAGUGUGGCUUCAGUCAGUAAUUGCAACCAAGGAUUUUAUCUACUGCAUUUAUUGCCUCACUUUUGUUUCGUCAAAUCUUCAACUUAGAUUUGCUUUGCUUCCCAUCUUAUGCCGAUCCUUGGAGCAUUCUGCAAAAUUCCUUAAACGUAAUUUCAGUCAAUCAUCCUUGUACAGGAAGUACUUGGAAGAGCUUUGUGUAUGGGUGGAAACAAACACAACAACGCUUAGCGUACUGUCUUCUCAAGCUGAGAUUGGAAUAGGAUUCCUUUUAAUUAUCUCACUUCUAUCGUGGCAGCGUAACAUUAUACAAACUUUCAUGUACUGGCAGCUGUUGAAGCUGAUGUAUCAGGCACCUGUUACUUCCGGCUACCAUCAAAACGUGUGGGUUAACGUUGGGAGGACGGUUAAUCCGAUCAUCAAUCAAUAUGCUCCAUUUUUAAACAGUCCCAUCUCUGCAAUACAGAGAUGGUGGUUCAGGUAGUGAUGAUAACAACACCCUUUGUCUUUGGAGAAGAAGCAGCAGCAAAUGGGAAUAAGGAUCCAUGUAGACUAUUAUCUGACUACUUUUAGCCUAAUUAUGUAAACUCCAUGCAAUUUUUUAUCUGAAUUUUGUUAAACCUUGAUGGUAUUUGAUGGUUGAUAUUGUGAUUUGGAUAAUAUUCUUGAAUUUGUGGAUCAUAGCAUUGAUAAUGGUAGUGUUUUUGGGUUGUAAUGGAAAGUAGUAUUUGGAUG